AUGCCUCGGAGGAACGGGAACGGGGUGACCUCACAAUACGUUCAACCGGUUUGCUUUGAAAGUCUUGGCUCCUAUCUGGAUUUUCACCCAACACGACCCAAAACGCACGCUCUUUUUUCUUUGGUUGGUGGUACACCCGUAUUGGGUCAAACUUUUGGUCAACAUGUUAAGGAAAGCUUCUGCACAUUUUGGCCAGAACGAGUAAUGGCACCUGGAACAUCGACUUCUAGCACUGCAACGACAUUUGCGGGCAUGAACCACGUCGACGCGCAUCUUCAUGACAACUUGGGAUUAUUGUCCUCCAGAAGCACGUUCGCAAUCGGGGCUUCGAUUUCAUAUCUAGGGGUGGCGCCGCACAAAUUUCUAAUAUGCUCUUACAAAGUCACAUCUCAUCCCUCACAAAGUCAAUGCGAGACCGGAGGAGGAGCACACAUGGUUUCGCUCGACUGUAAGAGCUCGACACUACUUCUUUCAACUGUGACUCGCUCCUCUCCAUUAUCAACUAGCCGCAACGUAGCCUGGCCAACAGUACGUUCGCAACCGUAA